AAUUGUGGAUGGAAUUAAGGAUCAGAUCGAAAGUGCUGCGCCGCUGACCAUUAUCACGAACCUAAUACCACUGCAUUGUGAAGCCGUUUGAAGUGACACCACUGACCAUCUCAGUAAGAUGCGUAAAGCUAGGAUAUGUGCUUGGAUGCUGGUGGGAUUCUCUCUCAUAAGUGGUGCCUAUUUCCUUUUUAUUAUCCAUGAGGAACAUUAUGAUUGGAUGGAUACAAGGACAGGUACUAGGAUCAGACAGGCUCUUUCUCAAAGUCAACAUAUCUUGACCAACACCAAAGAGUAUUAUAACAACUGCCCUGAGGAUCCUGAAUUUUUAGCUUCAAUCAACAACACAGCUUAUGGAAAUCUAGUGGAGAAAAAGACCAGCAAUGUUGUAUACAUUAGUGUUCCAAAGUGUGGGAGUAGAACGUUUGUAUGGACAUCUUGGAUCUUAAAGGAAAUAAACAACAUCAGUGUAAUCAAUGACUUGCCUUACCUUCUUGAAAAUAGUGAAGAGGACAAGAUGAUUAAUCUUAUGACUGAAAAGCUGCAUUCGGUGCCUGAAGGUGCAUUAUUUCAUGGACAUGUACGUUUCAUAGACUUCACAGACCCAGCGGUGAUGCCUAUCUAUGUGAGCAUGCUUCGAGACCCACUAGCCCGCCACAUAUCCUGGUACUAUUUCAUGCGGUUUGGUGACAGUGAUAUGGAUGCAAAUAAACUUCAUGAGAUGAUUGCCAAGGAGGGUGUAACAGCAGUUAAUGAGACCUAUGACGAGUGUGUUGAGAAUGGCCGACUAAGCUGCACUUCAUUGUACUACGUUAACAUCAAUAUCAGGACCUUCUGUGGCUAUGAGAGAAAAUGCAUAACCUCACCAGAGUAUGCCUUAGAGCAAGCAAAGCAUAACCUUGACAAAUUCCUGGUCGUUGGUAUCGUUGAGGAGUAUGAAAGCUCACUUCGUGUCUUAGAACGUCUGCUGCCCUCAAUGUUCAAAGGUGCCAUGCAUGAGUACCAGUCAAACAAAGCGCAGUUUUCUUCAGUGUCUAAGACAGCUUUCAAGAAGAUGCCCACUACCAAAACAGUGGAGAUCAUGAAAGAUAGGAUGAAAUUGGACUAUGAGUUCUAUGAUUAUGUCAAGGAGAGGUUUCACCGAUUGAAGCGCCAUCUAGGGAUGGAUCGAUGCGAGUCUGUGUAGCAGCCAUGAAAUUUGUUUGUUUUCUUCCUCGGCUGAAAAUGAUGUAUGUGACAUGGAGAUAACAGUAUUUCAACGGUAUGAAAAUAUGUGUUGUUUACUGCUGUAAAGACUACAGUGUGAUAAUCACUUUAUCCAGCAUUCUAUGAAGGAAAUUAAAGUGAAGUUUCACCAUGAUUUAUUAAAAAUAGAAAAUUAGAGAAACAUAUUAGGGAGUUAUUGGCAAAAAUACAUUAAGAAAUGACAGUAUCUGUUGACCUUUCAACUACUAUGAAUAAUGUGUGUAUUAGUGAGACAGUAGAUUCGGGUCAUUGGAUUUUAUCUCCAAUUGAAUAAAUGAUGAACACUAAUACACCAGUUUAGGAGGUUUCCAGUGCAUCAAAUUGAUUUUGUGACUGGGAUUUGCAGUUAAAGGAUCACUGCUUAAAUACUUUUUUUCAGUUUAGAUAAUAUGAUUAUAAUAUUGCUUAGUUUGUGAUUGUAUUUUAUAUUAUCUGAAAAUGUCCGAUAGGCCCUUAUCAGUACAUAUUAAAUUCAAUAGAUUGAAUUGUACCUUCCUGUACUUAUUGGAUUGUACUUAAAGGGAUGGUCCGGGCUGAAAGUAUUUAUAGCUCAAAAAAUAGAGUAGAAUGCACUGAGCAAAAUGCCGAAAAUUUCAUCAAAAUCGGAUAACAAAUAAGAAAAAGUUUUUAAAUAUUUAUUGCUGCAACUUAUUUCAUUAUAAGGGAGACAUAUUAUUCACACAAGUAUGAAAUAAUGAAAAGAAUUAUGAUUUAUGUAAUAACAUAAGAAAAUGGAAAGUGGGGAUGUGACAUCGUCAGCCCACCUAAUGAAUAUUCAUGACGACUGUUUUCACAAAAUAUUGCUAAACUUUAAACUUCAAUAACUUUAUUGUUUGUUAUCCGAUUUUGAUGAAAUUUUCGGCAUUUUGCUCAGUGAAUUCUACUCUAUGUAUUAAGAUAUAAAUAUUUUCAGCCCGGACCAUCCCUUUAAUGUAUUUUAAAUGCAAUACCUGCACUCAUAAUUAUGUCUUCCUAUUGAGUGACAUUAUGCUGCAUCCCAUGCUUUAAACAAGACCCUAGCUAUAAUUCAGUCACAUUUUUAGCUUAAUUCAGCUUGAACAUGGACAAUUGCUUUCUAUCUUUAUUUCCAGAACAAAACCAUAACAAUUUAAAGUUGAGUACAAUUUUUUUGUAAAUGUACAAACAAAGAAACCAAAUACGAAUUUGACAUUGAUUGGAGAAAUUCUUCUCAUAUAAACUGAAAACAUUCAAUGAUUUCCUUAUAAUUAGCAUACUUAUUAUAUUGGCAAAAAGAAGCUGCUGAAAACUGCUUAUCUAAUAAAAGAGAGCCAAUGGAGUAAAUUAUAAAGUCAAAAAGGGGCCUAAGCUUUCGAUCCUAGCAGAAUCUUCGUCGGAGGCAAAAUUAUUAUAUUAUAUAAGUAGAUUUUUGUAGUAUUAAUAUUUUUCAACAAUUUAGGUCAUAAAAAUUGAUAAUCCUAUGUGAAUGUGUGUGUAAUCUGUGAUGAAACAGAUGUUUAUGAUAGUGUUAUUUCAAACACAAAUGUGAGACAAUCAUGGAAUUCUGUAAUAGAAUAUGUUUAUGAGGCAAUAUACAUGCUUCUCAAAAUUAAUACAUAUGCUUCUCAAAAUUAAUACAUAUGCUUUAGCAAUAUGUAGUUAGUUGUUACUUCAUGUUUUUGUGAAUAUGUAAUGGAUUCUGUUUUAAAUGCCUUCAUUUAUUUUUGUCAAUUUUGUAAUUUAUUUAAUGUCUUUCAUUUUUACACUAUGAAGUUGAAGAGGGAUAGUUUCAACCCAUAUAGUUAAGGGUAAUCAGGCCUUUUUUUUAUACAAGAUCUUAUAAAUGACAAGCUGUUAUCAAUUUUUGUUACCAUAGCAGCAUUGCUUCAUAGCCUAUCAAAAUCAUUAAUUUCUCUUAGUUUUCAGCUCGUUAUUGAUAACAAGCUUUAUGAAAUAUGGCCAGGAAACAUCUCAAUCACGUAUUUUGAAUUUGUCGAAGUAGAAAUCUGUCUGAUCUAUCAAAUAGAGUUGGCUCAUUUCACCUUGACUAAUAUGCCUUAUGCUCUAUGUAUUCAAGUUAAUAUUCAAUUGUCAAGUAAGCACAAAUAUGUACUUGUUAUGUGAUUAUGUUUCAUUGUAAAGUCAUGUUAUUAUAGAGGUAUUAGUAGGUUUACAUGAUAUGAAUAUUUGAUAUCAAAUUGCAUUACAUUAUUUUUUUCAAAUCUCAGUACCUGAAGUGUGUGUUUUAUGUCAAUCUUUAAAGAUAUUAAAAAUGUUUACUUUUGAGCAAUAUUC